AUGCACGGCCGCCCUCUGAGGGGCGAGAGGUCCUCGACCGCCCCGACUGUGAGGUCUGGUGCUGCAGGACGCGCCGGCAUUCGACCCCCGACGACUAGAACAUCGUCGCUCAGACACCCGCUCAGCCAUUCUACUUCCGCCUCCAGGAUUGACCGCACCGCCGCGUCCUCGCCCGCGGGGUCCGUGUCGUCCGUGAACACGACCGCUACGAAGCGCAAGGAACGCGACUACGAGAUCGAAACCACCCAAGAGACGAAUAUCAACGUAGUGGUCCGAUGUCGAGGACGCAACGAGCGCGAAGUACGCGAGAACAGUGCCGUGGUCGUCUCCACCGAAGCCGUCAAGGGGAAGCUGGUCGAGUUGUCCAUGGGCCCCAAUGCCGUGAGCAAUAAGACGUACAACUUCGACCGCGUCUUCUCGCAGGCCGCCGACCAGAGCAUGGUAUACGACGAUGUCGUCAAACCCAUCCUUGAAGAGAUGCUCGGGGGAUAUAAUUGUACCAUAUUUGCCUACGGUCAGACCGGCACCGGAAAGACAUACACCAUGUCUGGUGAUAUGACCGAUACACUUGGCCUGUUGUCCGAUGCGGCCGGAAUCAUCCCCCGGGUACUGCAUAACCUAUUCAACAAGUUGGAAAUGGAGGACACGGAAAGCUUCGUCAAGUGCUCCUUCAUCGAACUGUACAACGAGGAGCUACGCGAUCUGAACUCUGCUGAGGAGAAUGCCAAGUUGAAGAUAUUCGACGACACGACCCGAAAAGGACAUGCCACGACCGUCGUCCAAGGCAUGGAGGAGUCUCACAUUAAGAACGCGGCAGAUGGCAUCAAGCUGCUGCAAGAUGGCAGCUUGAAACGACAGGUGGCCGCUACUAAGUGCAACGACCUUAGUAGUCGGAGUCAUACCGUGUUCACGAUUACCGCAUGUAUCAAGAGGACCGGAGAGGAUGGCGAAGACUAUGUCAGUGCCGGAAAGCUCAACCUGGUCGAUUUGGCUGGAAGCGAGAACAUCCAGCGUUCCGGCGCAGAGAACAAGCGUGCGGCAGAAGCCGGACUGAUCAACAAGAGUCUACUCACCCUGGGUCGAGUCAUCAAUGCUUUAGUGGAUCGCGGCUCACAUAUCCCCUACCGAGAGUCGAAGCUCACUCGCCUGCUACAAGAUUCCCUUGGAGGUCGAACCAAGACCUGCAUCAUUGCAACCAUCUCUCCGGCAAAGAGCAACCUGGAAGAGACCAUCUCGACACUCGACUACGCUUUCCGAGCCAAGAACAUCCGAAACAAGCCCCAGAUCAACCAGUUGAUCAACAAGAAGACACUGCUUCGGGAGUUCACGCAUGAGAUUGAAAGACUCAAGAGCGAACUUAUCGCCACGCGGCAGAGGAAUGGUGUAUACUUGUCAAACGAAAGCUACGAGGAAAUGACGGUGGAGAGCGAGUCGCGUCGGAUUCAGAAUGAGGAGAAGGCUGCCAAGAUCGAAACACUCGAGUCCAACCUGCGAAACAAGGUCCAGGAGCUGUUCUCCCUGACCUCGAGUUUUAUGGGAUUGAGAAAGGACCAUGAUGCGACUAAGUUGUUGCUGGACGAGACAAAGGGUGUUCUCGAUCAAACCGAGCUCGUGCUGGAGGCAACUCGCAAAACGCUCGCCGAGGAGACACGAAUCCGGCAAGCACACCAGAAGACCGAGGAACAGAUGCACGCUGUUGGCGGCGAGCUUAUUAAUACUCUCCACAAGACCGUCGGCCACGUAGGGGGCUUACACGCAAAGAACAAGCGGAAGUCUGAUCUUCAAUCCCUGAAUAGAAGCAAUUGGGGCAUGGCCCAGGGCCAGGUUUCGGAGGUCACGUCUUUGGUUGAGAGUCGCGUGGAGGAGUUCCGCAGUGAGCAACAACACCACAUCUCGAGCAUUUCAGAGCGGAUGCAAUCCUUUGUACACGAGGAGCUGGAGAAGCUCUCGUCGACUCAAUCAUUCCUAGACCACAAUCUUGAACUCUUCGCUCAGUCUAAGAAGGAGCUGGUUGAGCAGAAGCAAAAAUCGAAAGACGAAAUGGAUGAGGUGCUCGACGAAAUCAAGGAGGUUCGGGACAACAUAAAGGAGCGAGUGGGCGAUAGUCUCCAGGCCAUUGCCUCUGCAGCCGAGCGGAUCUCCCAAGACGUUCUCAGUGAACUGAGCACUUUCCACAGCCAGCUUCAUACAUCUUACUCCUCUCUUGGCCGAGAGUUUAGGUCGAUCUUCGAAGAACUCCUACAACACAUCUCCUGUCAGAAGAAAGAGUCGGACGAUCUGAGGCAACAGCUCGAAGGCGCCAGUGAGACGAUUGUCCAGUCGAAUGCUUUAGUAUCGACUCGGCUGCAGGAAGUCAUCAACGAAGAACGAAGGCAAGCUGCUCAAGACCGACGAAACUUGCUGGCCCAGAUCACGAACCUCAUCAACACUCAAGCCGAGGUUCAAGAAUCGCGUCUAGCUGACAAAGCGGCAUCCAUCCAGCAAAGCGUCCGGGAGAACAAUAUGGAAUUCGAGGGCAGCGUGGCCCAGUACUCGCAGGGCAUGGACAGCUGGAACGAACAGGAAGACCAGCUCCUAGACGAAGUUGCCAAAUCGCGUGAAACGCUCAAGACCAAAAUGAAGGAUGACUGGGAUGCCACGAACACACACAGCACUUCGAUACAAGGUACCACCAAGUCGGUCCACGCAGAAACAAUACGUGUUGUCGACGAGCAAAUGAUGGAUCUCGAUGAGCAGAUAACAUCGUUGGACGAUUUUGUGACUCGUGCCCAAUCCGAGAAUGCACAGCAUCACGAUCAGCAUUCGAGUUCCCUUCGGAGCCUCUCUCAGACGGUCGAGGGCUCUUAUGCCAAGAUUGGGGAUCACUUCAAGUCAACCUGCUCCCGCGUUGAAGGGCUUGGGUCGGAGAUGGACACAGAUAUUGGCACUGCCCAGGACGCAUUGGAGCCAUUGCCAGAAAACCUCUGCCAGCCCCUCGCGGAUCUCCGCGAAGACAUCUCCAGUACCGUCCUACAAGAAUACCGACCCACGGGCGACACACCACAGAAGACGACGUAUGAAUACCCCACCGAGCUUCCACGUACGGAAUCACAUGAGGCGCUAAUCGUCAAACUGGAUGGGGAACCGUCACCGAGCAAGGCCGCUGUGUUUGUCGAUAGAGACCCAACGCUUGCGGUGAACCGCUCACCUUCCAGACGAUAUGCCUCAGAGCAGUCUUUCCCGCUCACAGACCGAGACCGCCCUCCCACGUCUAUGAGCCUUCGGGAGGUGCACCCGAACAUAAACAGCUCAAGCUCGUUUAACUUUGACCCACGCGCCAACGCCACUAUCCAUGGGUUCAGCGCUAGUAUCGGACCUGUGAGUCUUAUGGGUGCUGCUGCGGACGUGGUCGAAGAUCAUACGAUGCCGCUGUUUAAGAAGAGCAGGUCUUCGCGGCCCAAAGGGGAGAAGAAGUCGGCGAGUGUCGAAGGGCGGGAGAACAUGCCGCUUCUGUCAUCGAUCGUCCCGGGUGGUGGGCGGGAGGUCUUCUCUCAGAGCGUCACUAGGAGAAAAAGCCCACGGCUCAACUGA